AUGUUACGCCAGCUCUCGGUCGCAGCUGCGUUCCUCCUGAACUUCUCUCCCAUCGCACGAUGUACAAACAGUCCCCUAGCGCCUACGGACCAAGCGUCUGACGAGGUUUCGAUUUUGCCUCCCUACCGCCCUUCGGACCUCUCCGACACUAUCCCACUCAAACCCCGCUACCUCCUUUUCCUCGUCGGCUCUGCAACGGAAGGCGGAAAGGCCCGAAGAGCGGAACCUGCGCCGACCUACACCCUCGACCAAAUCGAGGGGCUCGCUUUCAAAAAUGGUACAAAACCAGCCUGGAAACAUGCCCAUUGUCUCGUUGUUGAUGACAUCGGUGACCUCGAUUUUGCCCAGUUGGGGACGCUGGUAGGGGAUGUGGUGCGAAUUGAAGAAGAUGUACAGGUUUCACAUGAUUCUUGGAGCAUGAAUUUCGACGUUGACCCAAUAAAUUGGGGCCUGGAUCGCAUUACGCAGAUUUUCGUCGACGGGAAAGCCAUCACAACGCCCCUGAACAGAACCUAUAUAUUCCCCUGGACUUCAACACCAAACGAUGUCGAUGUAUACGUUUUGGGAUCAGGAAUUCAGAUUGGGCAUUCAGAGUUUGCUGGACGGAAGAUGUCGUUUGAUAUCAAUUUCGUCGGGGAUGGAAUAGAUACUGACUGUUUCGGCCACGAGACGCACGUCGCAUCAACGAUUGUCGGAGGGACCACAGGUGUAGCGCGGGAUGCCACUGGGAUAAGGGUACACGCAGUCAAGGUGCUUGAUUGCGCGGGUGCAGGCUACAUGUCGGCAGUCAUGCAGGGAAUACAGUAUGUGAUUGACCAACAUAAUGCAAAGGUUGCUAGCGGUGGAACAAAUAAAACGGUGAUAAAUAUGUCGCUCUCGGGCUCCAAGUUGGAUUCCGCGAACGCCUUGGUGGAUAUUGCGACAUCUAUAGGCAUCUUGGUUGUCGUAUCAGCGGGGAAUGAGGCGAUUGAUGCGUGUGCGAGUCGGUCGCCGGCCAGUGCCGCGACAGCUCUAACAGUCGCGGCAUCAACACCAGGAGAUGACCAGGCAUGGUUCUCUAGCUGGGGAAGUUGUGUCAACAUAUACGCACCAGGAACGGACAUUCUUGGAGCAGGAAUAGGACCUACAAAUAGUUCUCUUGUUUACAAAACCGGAACGAGCAUGAGUGCACCUAUGGUGACGGGUGUCGCUGCAGUUUGGUUAUCUAACGGAUGGGUUGGUGCAGUUGAUCAGUACAAAGUACAUGAGUUGUUCCAAGGGCUGCUGGAUUCCUCGUUGAAAGGUGUCAUCCGCAAGCCCACUGGUGCGACCCACAACAGACUGCUCAACCUGUCCCCUUGUCGAUGGACGAUAUCAUCAAUCACAAACUCGACAACUCGAUACUACUGCAUCCUUCAUGCAUUAGAAUUUUGGGAUUCUAGAAAUGUAUGUAAACGUCUUGGAGGUGUCAUGGCCAAUCCUAGUACAGAGGAAGUAGCUUAUCUCUCGAGUAGAAUGACUUCUGUGGCAUGGCUGGGGGGAUGGCUGGGUAAAUCUUGGAAUUUCCGCGCCGGAUGUUUGGUGCUGUAUCCUGGGGGUGCGUUGGUGCCAUCACUGUGCAAAUCUCAGCUGCAGGGGCUUUGCGAUAUUACCCUGCCUGAGAAGCAGACAACCAGCAGCACGGUGGUGUCGGGUGUGAACACAACUGCAAGUGUUGCAUCGAGCGGGAGUACAACCGCAGCUGUAAUGACAUCGAACGGGACGACUACCACGGCAACGACAAGAACAGAAACAACAACAACGAGUGGAAUGAGCGCCAGCGGGACGACGACGACAAAAAUCCAAUAA